UCCGAGGCCACGCGACCGACGCGCGAUCUAGAACCUUCCACAGUGUUCCCGACGUGUCUGGGUGCGCACAGUACGGAUGGGUAUUUAGCACUCCCGCCGCCCCGUUUCCGCGAGCGCCCAACGAAUUUACCCACCGUUUCCUCUUUUUUUUUUUACCGCAUAAAAGAUCUCGCCCUUGUUUGUUGCUGCUGGUAUCCGAAAUAUCCCGAGACUCCAUCCGACCUUCUGUGGAAGCAAGUCUGCGCUUGUAGAGUUGGUAGGGGAUCUUUGGUGGAAUUGUUGGGGGUCAUGGACCCGGUGGCGGGGGGCAUUGUGAAGGAGGAGCUCCUGGAGCAGGACGGCGGAGUGGGGGCGGCGGGGCUGCCGCGGCCGAUGGAGGGGCUGCACGAGGCGGGGCCUCCGCCGUUCCUGACCAAGACGUACGACCUGGUGGGUGACCCGUCGACGGACCAGGUCGUGUCAUGGAGCCCCGCCGGCAACAGCUUCGUCGUGUGGGAUCCGCACGUCUUCGCCGAUGUCCUGCUGCCGCGCCUCUUCAAGCACAGCAACUUCUCCAGCUUCGUCAGGCAGCUUAACACCUAUGGUUUCAGAAAGGUUGAUCCUGACAGGUGGGAGUUUGCAAAUGAAGGUUUCCUUAGGGGUCAAAGGCAUCUCCUGAAGAUGAUCAAGAGAAGGAAGCCGCCAUCCAAUUUGCCUCCAUCACAGCAGCAGGCCCUUGCAUCUUGCCUGGAGGUUGGUGAGUUUGGGCAUGAAGAAGAGAUUGACAGGUUGAAGCGUGACAAGAACAUCUUGAUCACAGAGGUAGUGAAGCUAAGACAGGAGCAGCAAACUACUAAGGGUCACGUCCAAGCCAUGGAAGAGAGGCUACGAACUGCUGAACAAAAACAGGCCCAGAUGAUGGGGUUCUUGGCAAGAGCAAUGCGUAACCCACGGUUCUUCCAACAGUUGGUUCAGCAGCAAGAUAAGAGGAAGGAACUCGAGGAUGCCAUCUCGAAGAAAAGAAGGCGGCCUGUAGACCAUGUUCCAUUUUAUGGUCCUGGGAUAGCAAGUCAGAACGAGCAACUUGAUUCACAGUUCUUGUUUGAUUCUGGUGUCCUUGGUGAGCUCAGUGAACCUGGAAUGCCAGGGCUGGAGAAUUUAGCACACAACAUUCAGGAGCUUGGGAAAAGUACGGCGGAUGAAGAGAACAGGGAUCAAGCUAGUGGGCUGGGGGAGCUGAACAAUGAAUUCUGGGCAGAGCUGUUUGACGAUGAUUACAGAGAUGGGUCUGGGCAGUCAGAGUUGGAGGGGAGGAGACCUGAAGAUAUUGAUGAACUGGCUCAACAGUUGGGGUAUCUGAGUUCUACUAGCCCGCGGUAGAGUUGUGUUCAUAAUGGUUCAGUUCAACGAACAAACAUUGCUUCUUCACUACUAUUGCAGAUCACCUUGAACAAUCUGAUUUAGUUGAUUGGUUGCGACAUGACUGGCUGUCCGGACCAGAGUGACACCACUGGGUAGAGGGCAGAUGCUGAAGACUAAAUGUUGUUGUUUGCCUGAUGGAGAUCCAUGAUGUGUAGCCUAGCUGUUAUCGUAACUCUGAAGAACAGCGUUGAUGGGGACAGUUGUCAUCAGCUAAGAUUUCAGUAGAGUUUUGGUAGUGUUUUGCUGUAUUGGGGAUUUGUGGUCAAGUUAUGUUGUGAAAGUAUGCGAGUCCUUAGUUUGUGUCAAGUAUCUUGGUAUGGCCCCUAUCACAUCCAAGUCUCCAUGUGAUGUUUUCAGAAACUUAUCAACUGUUUAGAAUAAUAAUAUAAAUUGCAUUUUGCUGUAGAUGUUAAUUUGAGGAACUUUCUGCCUAAUGUUAAAUUUUGAAGGGAAACAAUUCAAGAAUUCGGCUU